AUGAAAAUACAAAUACCGAAGGAUGAUAAUUACAUAUUAAUGCUAGAUAAAAUUAGUGAAGAGGAAAAAUUUUUCAUUCAUAUAUUGUCAACAUGUGAUGAUAAAAAUUUAAUUGAGCACCUGUUUCCCUUUAUUGAUUGGGUGUGGCUGAAGUCCGAUUUGAUAGCAUGGGCACCUGUGUUAAAUCGAUUCGAUGAUUUGCUUGAAAGGUAUAUUAUUCAUAAUAAAUUAAAUCGAGAAGAAACGUACAUUUCGAAGGGGGAACUAACCACAAAUGUUAGCAGUAGUGUAGAAAGUAACAGCAAUGAUGCUCUGAAAUUCAAUUCGAAUGCUAACAAUGGUAAUAACUCGUAUAAUGACGAUACUAUAGGUUUUGGUAAUAGUGUGGAUAUGAACCAUGAGGUAAUAAACCAACAUGUACGCGAUGAAUUAAAUCCAAUUAAGAGCUUUGUUCAGAGUAAUGAAAUGUCAAAGAUGUUUUCAGCGAGUAAUGCGAAUGAAAAGGAAGGGGAAAUAUUUAUCCCAUCGGAUUUGCUAAUAGAACAAGUACUACGAUUCACAUAUCAUAUUUUGGAAAAUUGCUUAAGUAAAUCAAAGUAUAAUUCGUUAGAUCAUUUACUAGUAUUGUUAUGGAGUUUCAAUCCAAAGAUAUCCAUAUUAUCAGCCCAGAUUUUAAAUAUAUAUUAUUUAUUUAUAAAGAAAACGAAAAAGAAUGAAAAUAAAAUAAAUCAAGUUGUGAACAUUUUAUCCGCAUUAAUUAAUAUUCCUGUACCAAAUUUCCUACAUCCAUAUAUAAAUAAUGAUAUUGGAAGAAUAAAUGAUAAUAAUUACAUCUCGGGAAUUAUUCUGUACUACCUACAUGACACGUCUGAUAAAAAAUAUAUGGAUAAUGUAUAUUACAAAAUUGAAAAUAGAUAUUUUCUCGAAUUAAUUGAUUAUAAUUUAAACCUAGAUAAUGUUGUAAUAAAUAUUGAAGACAUUGAGAUCCCAUUUACUUCAAUUUUUCCAAAGGAAGUGAAAUAUAAUAACGCAAAGGAUAUACUCCAAUGCGCAUUCGACAAAAUUAUGAACAAAUACAAAAUUGAUGAUAAGAAAGCAUUCGAUUUGAGACAUAAAUUGAGAAUUUACCUUGGAUUAAUAUGUCCAAAAUAUAGGAAAAAAUUAUUUAAUUUGAGAUAUCUAAUAAUAUCUGGUUCUUUAUCUAUUAAUUCAAUUUUAUAUCCACAAAUUAUACCAAGUAAUACAAUAUUUUUGCAGGAAAUUUUGUACGCAUUAAAAUAUCAUAAAUAUAUACAUUUUAAUACAUUACAUAUUAUAUUCGAUCUACUAACAACAGCUGUAGAAUCUCACCUCCACUACAAAGUAGUCGCUGAAAUUUUGGGAUUACGAUUACACAGUGGAUUAUUUAUUAGCGUUUUAAAAUAUUACCUGAAUUAUUUCUUAUCUCCCCAUAAUGUGCAAAAGGAUAUUUGUCCAAUGCACAUUAUGAAUGAAACUGAGCAUGAGGUAUACAGCACCAAUUAUAUUAACUCUUUGUAUAUAAAAAAAUUAGAGGAACAGAGGAAGAAAAAGAACAAGGUGGAAGAGGAUGAAGUUAUAGUGGUGCCAGAAUCUGUGGAAAAUGACGACAGCAAAAAGAACAACAACCAGAAUAAAAAUAAAAGGACAAGUAAUUAUACACCAAUCCACAACGCUGCACCCCAUACUUCUGAAAAUUAUAAUACACUCACACAAGGAGGCAUUUACAACUCUGUAGAUGAACUUUUACUUAACGAAAAUUUAUCAUUGCAGAGGGAGGAUGCACCUCACCAAAGCGCAGAAAAUAAUACAUUUCAGUUAUUCAAUAAUACGCGCAAUAAUAAUAGUAACCAAAUAAGGAGAAUUGAGGAGACAAUUUUAUCACCUGUACGUGCGAAUGAAGAGCUUAUUCUUCACCCCAAUAAUUCAGUGCAUUCACAAAGUGGGGAUAAUAAUGAAAAUACAAAUAAUGGGAUUGCCAAUUCGAUUCAUAAUGUGUACAAUGUACGUUCUACUAUUUUUCCAAAUGAAAAUUACGACAUUUCUCAAAAUCAAGGUACAAAUAUUAUGAAUGCUGGUCAAGGACAUGAACAGUUGAGCUAUGCCAAUGGUAAUUUUAUAUUUGAUAUAGAUGGUGCUCAAGGAGGAAGUAGCAAUAUAAGUCAUAUCAGCAAUAUCAGCAACAUUGGAAAUAAUAAUGAUCCAAUCGUUGGGACUAGAUCAGCAUUCAUAAAUAAUCCAUCAGUGAGCGAUAACCUUAGCACGGUUCAAAAUUUAAACAUUUUUGAUUAUAUGAGUUAUGAAGGUGACACAAAUAACGAAGGGGAUACUAACCACAUGAGGAAUUUAAACCUGUUUGAUUUUAUGAAUAAUGGAGGAGAAUUGGAUUUGAUAAAUACAACGGAAAACAGAUUGAAUAAUCAUGAAAGGGAAAGAAACAACAUCAAUGAAGAAAUACAAUAUGAAAAUUACAUAAGUGAAGAUACAAUCAUAAAUAAUAUAAAAAAUUGUAAAAAAAGUGAAGAAAGUGAAUUUAUAAAAAUUACAAGAAAGAAUUUCAAAGACUUUAAAAAGAAUAAAAAACAAGUAUCCAUGAUGUUACAAUUGUUAACUUUAUAUCAUACAUGUGUUAUGGAACCAAGUCCAAUAUUAACCAUAGCACAACAAAACACAUUAAAAAACUUUCCAUUAUAUUUACAAGAUAGUUAUACGAACAAUUUACCAAUUGUUCAUUUGCUACUAAGAAUUAUGGAGACCUUACUGGAUUUUACUCCAAAUUUUUAUUUCACUGCAAAGAAUGAAGAAGAAUUAUACAAAAUAUUAUUAUCGCGUUUUCAGUAUGAAAUAUUUAUGAUGUCUGACAGUUUUUAUCAUUUGAACAGGCAAAACUUUUUAAAAUACUACUUUGAGCCAUUUAAUUACGAUGGGUAUGAUAGAAAUUUCAUUGAAACCAUUGAAGAUGUGGAACUCUACAUGCAAUUUGAACAUCUGGGCAUUGGCCAAGUUAAUACAACACAUGUUAAUUCUGUUCCAGAAGAAGCUGCUAUAGAUAAGGCUAUCAUUAAAGCAGAUAUCGAAUCUAAACUUGUAGAUACAGAAAGUAACGAAAAUAUUUCCCUUACAAAGGUGAAAUCGGAGGCUUAUACUACUAAUAGCCUCUUCUCCAAGCGUAACGAAAAGUUGAUAAAAUUGUUUGAAAAAUAUGAUAUAAAUGCAAACGUUACAGAUGACAUCAUUUUGAAUAGAUUCAACUUUUGGUGGAAACUAUACAUAUAUGAGGAGAGAAUAAAAAUAAUAAAGAUGAUUAUAAAAGCACUAAACUUAGCACUAAAGGGAUAUUCACCAACGGAUACUCUUUUGGAUAUAUUUACCAAUAAUUACAUUUCGGUUAAAAUUAUCAAAUACAUUUUGAAAUAUCCACACAAAUUUGGCUUAUGUUUGUAUGGAUACAUACUAGGAUUUAUAUAUGAACAUAUAUAUGAAGAUCCCACCAUUUUAUCAACUCUAUUGAAAGAGGGAAUUUUAAAUAUAAUGUUAAAUAGCAUAGUAGAAAAUAAUUUAAAAGAUGAAACUGUUUUAAUAUAUGUACCAUCUCUUUUAUCACUUAUGUUUAUUCAUAGCAUUGGAAAAUCAGCAAUGAAGAAAUUAAAUUAUACCCCUAUAUAUAAUUUAUUCCAUUAUGUAAUAAAAAUCGAUUAUUUUUUUUUUGAUAGAUUUGGAGACAUAGCUGUUUCCAUAGGGAAUAUUAUUAACGAGUUAGAGAAUUACGGAUUUGUUAUGAGAGAUUUUUUAUCAUUUCAUGUAAAAUUAUUAAAAAAAUUAUAUUUAGAAGGACUUAAUUUAGGGUAUUGGAAAUGUUUAGAUUAUUCUUACAUAGAAAAAUAUGUAGAAGCGUCUGUUAAAAAUACACAUGUUGUACAAUUAAAGGAUUUAAACAUAGAUAGAUAUAAAUAUAGAAAAGAUAAUUUUUUUCUCGAUAGAUUAUCCAUUCUUUGUCGUUGUAUCUUAUCAUAUAUGAAAACUUCUUGGAUUAAAUUAUUUAUAAAAUUAAAUGGUUUGAAGUUCUUAAUGGCUUCUACCAACAUGAUAAGUUUACCUCCUAAUUAUAUUCACAUAUUUGAGUACCAUUCUAUUUAUACAUUUAUUAUGAAGAUAUAUCUAUAUGCCACCUUUAAAAGUGUGUACAAUCAAUUUUUAUAUCCACUUUACAACUACAGCAAUUUUGUUUUGUAUAUACAAUACAUCAACAUGAUUCUUACUGGUUCCUUUUACUUUGACCUCGGGGGCAAUAUCAUAAUUGGGAAGCGAUCUGCUCUUAUGCAAUUCUCCCACAACACCAAUGGCGUUACAGGUGUGGAUGAUAAAAUUGGUGAGCAUCCUGGAAAGUGCAACCAACGUGAAAGCAAAUAUCUUAGGACCGACUUUUUUUCUGGGCCAUUCAUAGACCGAAACAAACUGCUUCUAAGUAACAUCACACAGCUGUUUAACAUUUUGUACUUCCUAAUUUCUGCGUACACUGAUGCAAAGGGACUUUAUGGAAAUGAAGAAAAGCUGUAUGACCUGUCAGAAUUAUCGAAUAGGAAAAUAUUAGAAGUAUUUUCAGAUGUGUUAAUAACGAUAGAGAGUGUGUUUGAUUUUUUCUUUACGCUGUAUUUUUAUCAAACGAAUGAUUCGAAUCAUAACGUUUUUCUACAUCUAAAGGAUAAAGUUUGCAUUCAUGAACACAUCAAAAGAACUCUAAGAAAUAGCCAAAACAAAUCAGAUUACUUGUUAUAUAAUUUAUUUGGUUCUAGUCGAUCCCUAUUUUGUUAUUCAGUUAAUAACAAUUUAUAUGAUUUAAAUAAUGACCAAAGUAAUUUGGUGCAUAUUAUAUGUGAUCAUGACAAUGCAGAUGAUUACAAAAUGACAGAUCAUCUUAGCAUGUUAGAUAAUGAAGAUAAGGUAUAUAAAACUAUAUAUAAAUAUACUUUCUCCCAAGUACUAACUGAAUUAAAUUCUUUUAUUCAUAAAAACUUGAAAGUGCCUUCAGGUAUUAUUGCCUUUAGAAAUAAAGAAAAAUCCAAAUUUAAAAAAUAUUUUUCAAGUUCGGAAGAUUCAGUCACUGAAAUUGAAACAAAAAAAAACAAAAAAAAAAAUCAAUUUAUCAUUGCAAAUAAAGCCAAUAAUAAUGAAAAAGGUAUAUGUCGUGACAGCAGUUUAGAUAACAUUUCUAAUGAUUACAUUUUUACAAACCAGAACGAUGUCUGUUCGAAAAGUGAAAACUUUUUCGAUUCCCACCCCAAGUUAGGGAAUCAAAACAAUCAGUUAAAUGCACAAAAUGUUAUGAAAAUGUACACAGCUUAUAAUAGUUGCGAUUAUAUGGAUAUUCCUACCACUGAAAAGAAUAAGAAGAAAGGAACAAAUAAUUAUGUAAGAUGCAGUAUUGAUAAUAGUGAUUCCAAUUCCAAUUAUAACGAUUAUUAUAUUGAAGAUAAAAAUAUACAUCUGCACACGCGCUAUGCAUAUGAUUCUAAAUAUGUUCUUUGUGAAAGUUUAAGAUCAUUACUAGUAGUAAUUAAAAAAUUUUUUAUCAUGGUAAAUUUAGCAUGCCAUACGAGGCAAAUGAAAUUAAAACCUAGUCCAAACUAUAUUUUUUUUAAUGUCAUACAACAGAAACAUAUAUUGUGCAUAAUUCGAUGUUUAACAAAAUGUAUGAUGAAUGUACCAUUAGUUAGCAAACCUAUACAGCAAAAUCCUUACAUAGUAGGAGGAUCAGAAAAAAAUUUAUAUAAUAUAUUAUCUGAUCACAUAACUCAGGAGAAGGUUAAUUAUUUAAAUGAAUAUAUCGAGAGCAUAUCCCCAUUGAACAUACCUCAAAAUAGAAUCGCUACUACAUUCAACAAUUGCAAUGACAGUAGAAGCAACAAUAAUAUGAAUAGAAAUCAAAUGUCGAGAAAUGCUUUCAAAAAUGGAGCCAGAAAGUGGUCAAAAGUAGGAACAACGAAAUUGGACUAUUUCCAUUGUGAAAGUAACAUGGAAGGAGAUCUUGCGAAAAAUCACAUCACGGAUGGUAGCAAUAAUAAUCAUCAUUUUCGAGAAAUGAAGAAUGGCUAUGAAGGAAUGGAAAGAAAUGACAGAAAUAACAAAACCUUUAAUUUAUAUGAUUACUCUUACACUCCUUUUUCCAGUUAUAACAUUGAGAAAAUAGAAAACUUUUAUCCAGAAUCUUUCUACAUGGAGGAAAUAUUAUUUAAACGAUACAAUUUUAACUUUUUCAUGAUCGAUGUAGUUCCGAAUAAGGAUCUUCAUAAAAAUCAUGUUGAAGGGGAAGAAAACUGUAAUGCCUUUGUGAAAAAUGCAAUGCCAACUAAUUAUACCAAAAUUAAGGGUUCAUAUUAUGCAGAUUCUUCCACAUCUGCAAAACAUAUAGAACAGAAAGUACCACACGAAGGAAAAGAAUUCUUUACAUGUUUCAAGAACAACAAUUCAGGCCAAGCCAAUCUAAUCGGAAAUGCACAUGGAAACUCUUUUUUAAACCACGAUUUGAAUAAGUAUAACAAGUCAUAUAUAUGCACUUGCGUUAGGGAGGCAGACGGAUCUUAUCGCAUGAUCCAGGAAAAUGACAAUCUUGAUUUCCAACAGGAAGAACAAAAUAGCAUAAGCAAAACAAACAGUAGUAACAGAGAAGGGGAAAAAAAAGAAACAAUGGUUCAAAACCAAUCAAAUGUUACAAAAGAUGUGCAGAACGAGAAGAUGAAAAAAAAAAGCUCCUCAAACGAAAAGAGGAGCAUGAAAGAUACAUGCAAGGAAAAAAAAUUAACAGAGGUACGUAUCAACAUAGAACAUUAUAGUCCAAUGAAAACAGUAAAAUAUAUUGCAGAAUUGAUUAACAUAUUACAUAAAUUGCUGUCAGAUAACAAACUUGAAUUUAUUAGCUACUUUUACUUUUUGGAUUUAUUAUACAAAGUUGGAACAUUCGAUUUUAUUUUCAAUAUGUUCAACUAUGUUAUGAGUGUAUAUAUAUCUUUACUAUCCUUAUUUUAUAAAAAGAAGAAAGAGAGUAAACAAAAUGUGCACGAUAAAUAUACCAGUUAUAUCCCAAUCCAUAUAAGUAGAAAUUUUACCUGCACAAACACAUAUUUUGUUCGAUAUAUAACUAGAUUAAUGAAAUAUUAUGCCAAUGCUGAUAUAAAUAAUUUAAAAACUUAUUUACAAAUUGUUGUUAAAGGAAUAAAUGCAUUUUUGGAUUUUUUCAUUAGCCUGAUCAAUAUUGGAAAAUUUAAUUUGAUGUUAUUUUGUUCUAAAAUGUUACAUCCCCUUACACGCAUGCACAAUGAUUUUGAAAAUCUUUCAUCAGGAAAAACAGUAAAUAAUAAUGAACAAACGGUUCUGAAGGAAAAUAACAAGGAUGAUAAUGCAAUUCACCCUAGUGAUCAAAAGGACCAAACAAAUUGCACUGUUAAUAUUAUUGGCACGGAAGAAAAUAAGAAUAAUAGCACGGGUGAAGAAGUCAAUUUAUUACCUCAACAAGACAGGAAAAAACAGUUAAAUGGAGAUAAUGCGAAUAAUGCAGAUAAUGGAGAUGUAACCACGGUACAAAUGGGUAUAAGUGGUAUCACACAUUCUACUUUGAAUGAAGUUAAAGGAAAAAUCGAUGAUGAUGAUGAUGAAACACACAAUCCUAGUAAUAAAAGCACAAGUACUAGUGCUAUUAAUGAAAAUGUAAAAAACAAUACCUCUUUCAAUGGAAGAAAUUACAAAGAUGACACAAAUUUUGCACAAAAAGGAAAGGAAAAAUCUCAAGGAACAUUCACCUACAACAAUAACUUUUUAUUCUCUCUUGACUACUUUGAUAUAAUUAACACAAUCAGAUCAGUGAAAUGUGAAAUAUCGAACAAUAUAUUCAUGUGGCUCAUCUAUAUAAACAGUACAAGUGUAAAAAUUAACAACCUAGGAAAAAGCAAUAUAUAUAUAAAUUUUAAUAAUAAUAUUAUAUACACGUUGUUAAGAAUUAUUUUAAAAUUUAUUCACCAUUCAAUUGAAGUGGAACCGAAAAUUAUCGAUUUUUGGACCAAAGAAAAAUGUAAAGAUAGAAAAAAUAUAGGAAGCAAAGAGAAGGAUAAAGAUGCAUUUAACUAUCCACAUGUAAAUAUAUUAGAAGAAUGGGUAUUAAUGGGUUUUGAUGAAAAAACUAUUUAUGAUUGCUUGAACUAUUCAGGUACUACUGACCUUGACUGUACUUUGAAUUAUUUAGAUAAUGCUAAGGAAAAAGAAUUUUUUCUUAACCUAGGGAAAGACAAAUUCAUUGAAGAGAAAAAAAAUUCACGUAAAAAAACAACUUACUACGACUUUGAUUAUAACAGCAGUGAUGAGAAUUCGAGUACGGGUAACAGAAGAUUGGACGUCGAUUUGAGGAUGAAUGAAAAUUCUGGAGAAGAGAUUUUCAACCUGAAUACAAACAGCUGUGCGACACACGAACAUCCAACGAACCAUAGAAGUAGCAAUAUAUUCAAUGACUAUACAGAUCUCAACAUGGGUUGUAAUACGAAUAGGAAUUCCCCAUUGGUGAAACUGAAGAAGAAUUGCGAAAAAAGUAGAAGAGAUAAAGAAAAUAUUUUCCACAGAGACGACAAGUAUGUGUUGGAGAAAUUUCCAUUCAUGUUUGAAAUUUUGAAAGAAGCAAAAGCAAAAUCAACACACGCAAGAGUAUACUAUUAUGAAACAAUUAUGGAUCCAAACAGUAAAAGAAAUAUGUUAUUUUAUCUACAGUAUUAUUUAAAAUUGCUGAAAAAAAAUUUAUUUCGUACGUAUGAAGAAAAUAAUGACAUAAAAAAAUUUUGGAUUGAAGAGAAAUAUAUACUAUUAAAGCAACUUAUAUAUAAAUAUAUUUUUAAUAUACUUAUAAAUAUAAUGAUAACAAUACCGUUUAAUGAAGGGGGAUAUAUGAAUUUAUACCUAAGUUUUCUCCUUAUUGAUAUUGACAAGAAAAGUGUAAAGUUAUUACUAGAUCAGUAUAGAAAAACCAUACAUGAUAAGAAUACUAAUAAAAGUCGUAUAUUUAAUCAUCAAGAUGUCAAAAUUAUUAUUUUAUAUUACUUUAUCGAAAAUAUUUCUAAAAAAAUUAAAACCUUAAAAAAUGACGAAUCCAUUCCUAUAGAACCCUUCUAUCAUUGUAACCAUUUGUUCAUGUACUUUAAUAAAAAGAAAAAUAAAAAUGUAAAAAAUGCUGAUGAAAGUGCUGUUAAACUAGAUAAGAAGAAUAACAAAAAUGAAAAUAAAAAUAAAUUCUCACAAAGUAGAAAUACUGAAAAUAAUACCAAUACUAGCAAUCACAUUUUACCUUUACAUAAUGCAACCACAGCAACUUCCUUUGGUGAAUCCAGAUCCACACCGAAUAAUGUGUCGUUCCAAGUAGAGAAUAACAACAAUUUGGAUUCGUCCCUUAACACUGCAUCUGUUGGUGUAGUUGGUGCAGAUGUUCCAAUUGAUAGAUUUAUUAGUCAUGGAGAAAGAAUGAACAGUGAAUCAAAUCUGGAUCCAAAUAACAUCGUGGGAGGUACAUUAUUGAAUGAACCACAAAAUAUUAUCAUCACGGGCACACCAAGUAGCAAUAAUAUCCCUGGUAAUGUACGAAGUAUGCGAAUGGAUAUUGUACCUAGCGGUACUAGAACUAAUGGAAUUAAUAACAGUUCUAAUUGUCAUAAUAGAGGAAAUAAUUUAAUAAACAAUUUGCUUACAGAUUAUCAAAUAAAUAAUACCUACGAUAUGAGUAACCACAGUGAUGAUAAUAUGACGACGACAUUUUACCCAGGCAGUGAUAUAGUGGAUGAGAAAAAUUCAUCAGCUAUAGAUAACAAAAGGAAUAAAGAUAUGAACAAUGAUCAAUGUGUACAGAACGAAUCGAAUGAUCCAAAAGAUUCUAUUUAUGGAACUAAAUAUAUUAAAGGGGAUUUAGAUGUCAUAUAUGAAUCACAGAAGGAUAUGGAAAUAUACUCAUACCAUUUCUGUUUGUACAUGUUAUUUUUUACCCUAUGUAAUAUUAUUGAUAAGUACACAAUAGCAAGGAAUUUAAUUCUUCAUAUAGAUAGGAAUAUAUUAGAUUAUUGUAUUUUUUUUAUAAACAAAUUUAACAUGUCAUAUGUGAAAAACAUAGAGACUAAUGUCAAUAAUAUUUUAAUGCAAAAAAAAAAUCCAAUUAAUUUAAUGAUGACAGCGAGUUCGAAUGCUGAAAAUUUACCUGAAGAUGUACAUUCAGAAGCAUUUCCCAGUGGAAAUUGUGAAAUUGACACAAAUGAUAGCGAUCCAGGGAAAAAAAAUCCUGAAAAAAAUAAAAGAAAAAGAAAAUUCAACAAAAUAUUGCCAACAAGUAGAACAGGGACAAAUUUGAAUGAUCAGAUGAACUUCACAAUGAAUUCUGUUGAUUUGGAAAAAAUAGUUGUUACACCAUGUCCCUCUGAAGAUGUACAAAGUGCUAACUGUGGUUCUACACCGACAGAGAAUAACAAUAAUAGUAUGAACCAAAUUAUGAACAAUAAUAAUAGCCAUAGCAAUAGUAACAAUAUAAAAAAUGUGGAACCUAAGAUUAUUAAUUAUCAGUAUGACAUUACGAAUAAUAAUUACAUGCAGCAUAAUACGUGUGCAAAUGCUGACCAUGCAAACUUGAGUAUAAGCCAAAGUAAUCAGGAAAGUAAUGCACUCCUUGUGUCCCAUAGCGGAAACACAGGUACCCAUGAGACACAAAAAUGUGAAAAUAACAAAGAAGGAAACGAAGGGCAGAAAGGAGAAAUUGUAAACAUUAUGUACAACAAAGGUUUAGUCAUAAAUAAAAAUAUAAAAACACACAAUAUGCUAAUUCCAUACUGGAAUUUAGUUGAUACAGAUCUACCAGAAGUGAAUCAAAAAACACCCAUCAACUAUUCACUUCUUGAAAAUGAAGAAAAUAAAUAUAUUUCUUUGUAUUCAAAACCAUCAUGUUUUUAUGCUCCCUUAUUUAUGUGCUUAUACAAAAUUAUUAUUAACUAUUCGUUACACAAUUUUAACGAUAAAAAUAAAAAAGUAAUGAAGAAACAAAAGGAGGAAAAAAUGAAUGAAGAAAAGCCAUCCCUAUCUACAAUGUACAGAAAUUGGAGCACUAAUAAAAUGGAAAAGUGCAAUACACAAAAUGAAAAAAAAAACAUGAAUAAUAUCAUCACCAAUGCUAACAUGACGACAACACAAAUGAUUUCUGAAAAUAUCAGAUAUAUAUCCUCCGAAAAACAACAUAAUAUCAUAAAAAUUUGUAUCGAUACUUUGUAUUUUUUCAAGGGGUACAAUUCACAACUAUGCAUGAGUAUUUUACAAAUCAUUGAAUAUUUAACCACAGUAUAUAAUAAUGUCAUUUUCCUUAUUUCUUAUACUCCACCAAAUGUGUAUAAAAAUUUUAAAAAGGUGUUUGAAAUGGAAAAAAAAAAAAUUAACAUAAGGAGAGAGGGGGGAGAAACUGUUAUUGAAGCAAGUAAGAAUCAAAUUAGAUCCAACUCUUGGUAUAACAACAUGAUGGUGUCAUCUGUCGGAGGAAGAAAGGGAGAAAUGAAAAAAGAAUUGCAAAAAAGUGAAAUUAUUGGUAUAACGAAUUGUACCAUUACUAAGAGUAAUGAAGAUAAAAAUAAUGUAGAAAACAAAUUUUUCAAUCAAACAAAUAAUGAAGAGAAGAAUAGUAAUAUCAAAGUAUUACUUGAACAGGAAAGAGAUACCCAUUUUGACAUUAACGAAUUAAUACUAAAUAACAUCAGUAGAUGUGGACUUGGUAUUCUACUAACCAUUUCGAAACAAGCGAAAUUUAAAGAUAUGCUCAUUAUACUAAUAAAUAUACUAAUUCAAUGCUUCACGGAUAAUUAUGUUAUUGCAAACAGAAUUGAAUAUUCCCUUCGGUCAUAUUUCUUACAUCAUGGUAUACCUGUUAAGUGCUUUAUGAGAAAAGAUGAUUUGAAAUUUAUAGAAAAUCCAAAAUUUUCCAAUGCUUUAGGUGUAUCAUUGAAUGAAAUGAAUGAAGCAUUAUACCCAUUCAUCUUUAAAAAUCCACAAAUGUAUGAAGAAAUUUUGAGUUCUUUAUGUUUUUUUCCAAAUCUCAAAUAUGUAAAAAAAAAUGAAGCAAAUGAGAUUGACCAAUUUAACUGCACCACAGAUGUAUUAAAAACAAAUACAUUUACAUUUUGUGAGGGAAAAAGCAACCAUAAUGUGGAAGAUCUAAACAAUGGGAAUAACAGAAUGGAGAAUCAAAGUGUCGAAAGGACUGUAACCGAACAAAUGAAUAAUGACCAAGGUAAAGAGAAAAAAAAAAUUAAUGCCAGUCUGCACAUAGUUGAUAGUAGUAAUAGUAGUGGUUAUAUGGCCCAAGUUGUAAGGGGUCCCAAAGUGGAAAAGAUCAAAAAGGGAAAAGAUAACUCGAAGGAUCAUGAUCGGGAUAAUAAAAACGUUAACAUAAAGGAGAAACAGACUCGUAAUCAAAACAUAACAAGAAAGAGUGUUCUAAAUGAAAUUGUACAAGAGGAGAAAAACUCCACUGAAAUUGGUGCUGCAUCAGUAGAAAUAAAUCCUAAUGCUGUUUCAUCGAAGUUGAACAAUAAAAAGUUCAAAGGUUCGAAGGAUAACGUUAUGAAAGUGAGAGAAGAAAAUAGCCAUUAUCAGGAUGGUAAUAACAAGAAUAGUGGUAGUACUAGUAGUAGCAGUAGUAGCAGAAGUAGCAGAAGUAGAAGAAGUAGCAAAAGUAGCAGAAGUAGAAGAAGUAGCAGAAGUAGCAGAAGUAGAAGAAGUAGCAGAAGUAGCAGAAGUAACAGUAGGAGGAGGAACUAUGAGAAUAAGAACUGUGAACAGAAGGGUAGUAAAUACUACUUAAAGGUCUUACCAAUACCAGAAAAUAUAAAAUCCAUUUAUAUGUUAUCCGAAACGGCGAACAGUACGAAAUAUUUAAAAAAAUAUAUUUUGAAAAACAAUUUUUACAAUUUCUACAUUUUAGCAGUUUUAAUUGAUUUUAUAAAUUUAUUUACAAUUGUUCAAAGUAAGACAAGAGUAAUGAAAUUAAACGAAAAGGAUGAAAGAAUGCAUUUUAAUAAAAAGUUAAUGGAAAUGUAUGGAAAUAAUUCUAAUUUUGACACAGAAUUGGAUUAUAAAGUUAUGUAUCCCUUCGCAUUAACUGCUGACAAUUUGCUUUUUAUUGUUAACUUAAUUUUUAAAACUUUUAAACAUUUAAUUGUUUAUUUGAUUAAAGUUCCCAACUCUUUUAAUCACAAAAUUAUGAAGACUUUUUUUCAAUUUGAUUAUGACUAUUUAUAUAAUUUUAAGGGAGAUGUGCUAAAUUAUAUAGACACACCAAUUAUUCCCACGUCUUGUCACGCGGAUACUACAUUAUGUAGAGAAGGAAAACAAAACAACGUCAUGUCGUCAUGCAUGUUUAUCCAAGGGACAUGUAAUCAAAAUAAAAAUUCCAUAGAUGUUCUAAGUGACACGAAGAACACACUUCUUCCCCCAAAUAAUAAUACGAACAUGUAUAAGGAUCAUAAUCAAUGUAAUUAUUUUAAUUCCUUCCAUUGUAAAGGAACAAACGAAGAUGUUGUAAAAAGCACAACAAUUGAGAAUGAAGAAAUAGCGAAACCUCAUCCAUUCAUAGAGGUGACAAAUAUUAUGCCAAAAUUUGCACGAAAUGAUUCAGGUAUUAAUAAUACUACGACCUAUACAUAUAGAGAAAUUUCAGAAUAUUAUUUGCAAAAUUAUAUGCACUAUUAUUCCAUUUUUGACUUAUCAAAAUUAACUUUUAAAAGUUGUUUAUUUCCAUUUUUACUUGAAAAGUUUUACCUCUCUGAAAGUAACAAUAAGAAAGAUAAAGAAGAAAUGUCAUUAAAUAUCUUGUUCAGCAUGAGUAAUUGCAACAACGUGGUUUUUACGCCAUUGUUAAUAUUUUUAUUUAAAAGAAUAUUUCCCCAAUUCAUAUGCUUGAGUCAUCCAUCUAUUUAUACUAUCUAUUCGAUAAAAAAGUUGGAAGAAAAAUUGAAAUAUUCGGAUUAUCAACAUCAGUGCAUAUUAAACACCAACGAGUUUAAAAACAUGAAUUAUAUAAAGCAUAUAUUUAACUUCAUUCAACUAGUUUUUGAUAUUCACACAUCUAGUUACGAUGUACAUAAAAAAGUGAUACAAGAAAUUAUGCAUUUGCUUAAAGUGUACGCCAUUUUUCAAAAAAGAAAGGAACAAUCUGUAAAUCAAAGUGCAGACCAUUCUGACAAUCACGUGUUUUCUUCCCUCAUAGAUACAUUCUCAUAUGCCCUGAGUGCAUUAUUGUACAAGCUAGUUAAUGAAAAACAAAACAUUAAAAUAGAGAACGGCCAUUUAAUGGAAGAAAAAAAUUUAUUCACCAACGGAAAAUUCAUUUCGAAGGUUUUGGAAUAUACACAAAAGGGGCAGAAAGAGGUGGAAGGUGAUGACGCUCAGGAUAUUAGAAAUGGUAGUAAUCCCAAGCGCAACGAGGAUAGUGACGAUUGUGGUGAUGGAAAUGCAAAUGGUGGAAAUGCAAACGGUGGAAAUGCAAACGGUGGAAAUGCAAACGGUGGAAAUGCAAACGGUGGAAAUGCAAACGGUGGAAAUGCAAACGGAGGUAAUGCAAACGGUGGAAAUGGAAACGAGGGAGAUGACAAUGACGACGAGCAGAAGGGCGAAAAAAAGGAUGAAAAUGGUAAAACGUGCACCUACACGAGGGAACAGCUAACUUUUUUCCGUAUGAUACUGUGCAAUUUGCUGAAUAAGCUGGACUACACGAAGGAAGAUUUCACAAAUACAGCUACAUCAAUCAUUCGAUGUUUAUCCGUUUUAACAUCUGCACCCAUAUUAGGAUACCCAAUAAAAACAAAAAACAAUAAACUGUCCAUGCAAAAAUUGAAUAAGCUAAAUGAAAGAAAGAACACAAAAAUUAAAAAAAUAAAGAGAAACAAGAGAAGAAAGAAUAUGUCGUGUGUAACCUUUUUAAAUCCAUCUUAUGUUCGUUUUAGAUCAGAUUCAAGUAAUAACAAUUCGGCUUGUUCAGACAUACCAUAUUCAAUAAACUCGGAUGAUUCCUACGGGGAACAAUUUACAUUUGACAAUGAUGAUAGUAGUAACGAUGAGGAUGAUAUUCAAUAUGAAUAUGAGGAAGAGAUGGAUGAUGAUUAUAUGGAUGAAGAAGACGUUGACGAGGUUGACGAGGUUGAUGACGAUGAAUUGGAUGACCAAGUUGAUGGUGAAGAAGAUGAGGAAAGUGAAGAUGACUAUGGUGAUGAUGAUGACCAGGAAGACGAGCAGGAGGAAGACGAUGAAUUGGAUGAUGAAGAAGAAGAAGAAGAAAAUGAAGAUGCACAUGAUAGAGUAGCAAGAAGAAGACGAAGAACAAGAAGAAACGAAAAUUCAGAAUUAUUUAACGAACUGGGUAAUUCCGAACAAAGGCGUAACAAUAGUAGCUCCAAUAACAACACGCGAAAUGCACAAGUGAAUGAUGAAGAGAAUAAUGAAAAUGCACUUAAUGAUGGAACUAUCGAACCUGAGGGAAAUUAUAUCAAUGAAGAAGAAGACGAUGAUGCAGAUGGAGGUGAUGACGAUGGUGAUGAUAACGGUGGUGAUGAUGACGAUGAUGAUAACGAUGAUGAUGGAGAUAACAUGGAAGAUGAGGAAGAAGAAGAAGAAGAAGAAGAGGAAGAUGUGGAAGACGAGGAGGAAGGCAUAGACGACGACGAUGAUGAUGAUGAUGAUGAUGACGACGAAGAAGAAGAUAUUGACGAUGAGGACGAAGAAGAAGACAUUGAUGAUGAGGACGAAGCCAUGGAGGAUGAGGAAGAAGAAGAAGAAGAAUACGACGAAAUCGAUAUGGAAGAUGAAGAAGGGAGAGAAAGAAAUGGAAAUGAACAUGACGGAAGCAGAGGUUUACAUGUACAUGCCUAUCUGGUGCAGGACAGAAAUGUCAUUGAUGAAGAUAACAUAUAUGAUAAUUCAAACAAUUUAUUAUUACCUCAUGAAGUUGAUGAAAAUGAAGAAAAUAUGUCCAAUUUGGGGGAAAAUGCUAAUAACAUCGUUUCAAAUUUGGAAUUGGGUUCCGACAGUAGUAACGACAUUGAUGAAGGGCAAGGGGUUCAUAGAAUAAGAGAAAUUGAUGAAACGGAGGACUAUGAUGAGGACGACGAUGAUGAUGACGAUGAUGAUGACGACGAUGAUGACGACGAUGAUGACGACGAUGAUGAAGAGGACGAGGACGACGAGGACGACGAUGAAGAGGGAGAAAUUGACGAAGGUGAAGAUGAAGAAGAAAUCAGUGGAAAUAACAGUACCUUCCGAAUUAGUCAAACCGAUGACAACGGUAGAGGAACGGAUAAUAACGCAGAUUUAAUGGAGACCGAAAUAAAUGUAAACAAUUCUCUUCUCAAUUGUAAUGAAAAUACACAUGAAAUUUUAGAUAUACUGUUGGAAGAAGAUGGUGUAUAUAAUAUUAAUGACGAUAUAGAUGAGUAUAAUGAUGAUUAUAUAGAAGAUGGUGAAAAUAACAACAAAUCUGGCAAUAACAAUGUGAACAACGAUGGUAAUGAUGGGGUAGUAGAAAAUGUGAAUGGAAACGACAUAACUAAUGGAGUUAAUAAUAACAAUGUAAAUUCUAUGCAUGAUUUCAAUGGUACGGAAAGUAGAAAUUACUACGCUGCUGAUGAUGUUAAUAAGAGUAGUGAUAAAAUAGAAAUGUUAGUGCAACAAAAUGUAAUCGAAAAUAUUCCUAUUAGUGCCACAUCAGAUGGAACUAUAGCUGAUUGUUUUAAUACAACACCUCCUAUGUUUUCCACAUUUGGAGUAAAAAAGGACAUGAACAAUGAGUUGAAUAAUGCAUCUAACGCAUUUAAUAUUGCCAACUGUGAUAACACGGAAAAUAACCCUAAUAUGAUGAUUACCAGUUCAGAACUGUCGAAACAAAGUAAUGAUAAUAUUCAUGGUAAUUUACAAAACGGAACUGUAAUUAAUAACCAAAUGCACAUGGAUGUGAAUGGUGUGGAAGGUAGAAAUGUUUUAUUUAAUAAUAAUCAGAAUGAUAAGCCAAUUUCAGAUCAACACGUGAGCAUGCAAAAUAUGUUAAGAGCUGCUACAACUUAUCGUGAAGAAGAAAGUUCCACUUUGCACACGGGUGAAGUAAAUAAUAAAAUUCAUGUCCAAUUUGAUGACGGGAAUGGCAACUUCGAUGACAAUGUCAUCGAUAAGGACAACGACCGUAUGGUGAAAAGUGAGCCAAAGAGCACAGUAAUGAAUAAUGAACAAUCGGACGCAGGAAAUAAUGAAGGAGGAGUGGUUAGCAAACGUAUUUGCAGUAUUACCACAAGUAUCAUCACCCCUGAUACUACUGUUAAAUGUGAAGAAAAUAAAACAAGAACUGUGAAUGAACUGACAAGUGUGGAAAAUGUGAAUAAGAGUGAACCAAAGGAUGAAACAUAUAAAGUGAUGAAAACACCUGAAGAAGGGAUAGUAAACAAGAAUAACGUAAACGAAAGUGAUAUUAAUUUGAUAGAUUUAUAUUACCAUUUUUACAAUUCCACCAAUAACAGAGAUGCAAAUACAUUACUUAAUGAAAAUAAUAGCAUAUGGCAUUUGAACGAAACUGGUACUAUUCAAUCAGAGGCAAUGCAAAAUCAAAAUCCCUUAGUUAAUGAGAUAAGUGGAAAUAAUGACCAGGUUAAUCACAAUGAUGAGAGUAUUGGAAGCGUGGAUGUACCCACAAGAGAAGUUGUCGAAAAUGAAAUAUCUCCAAAUGAGAAUGCCUCAAUCGUGUUAAAUGAAAGGGAACAAGGAUCAUUACUAACCAACAGUAUGAUUAAUCAUAGACAAUUGAACUAUGUUUCAGCAAACACAAACAUAUUUACGUUAAUGGAUAACCUCUGUUCCAAUUUAUUAACCAUUAAUAGGAAUAGAAAUGAACGUAUGAAUAGUAUCAUAACCACGUCUGUUCAUAUUCCUGACGGUGUAAGAAACAAUAAUAUUAGGAAUCCAAUAAAUGAUAACGAAGAUUUCAAUAUAAAUGCAAAUGUGCCGAAUGAAAAUACUUCAUAUGAUAACAGUAACAUAAUGCAUGAAAGUGGAUACACCUAUUACCAUCUAAACCUUGACAGAAUCAACAAUAUUUAUACGCAGCAAAUUUUUAAUAAUUCUCCAAAUGCCAGAACAAAUAAUGUUACAAACAGAAAUACGAGCCACACAAAUAAUAACCUUAGAAAUUUAUAUAACAUUAUUAGAAAUUAUAAUAUUAACGAAAAUAACAUUAACUGUGCCAGAAAUUCAAAUCCCCCACUGAAUGAAAUAAGUAGGAGAAGCGAAAUUGCACCCAAUGAUGAUGGAGUAGUUGGUUUUAAUGACCUUCAAACGGAUGAUAACUUUGAGGGAAAUUGCACCACUGGGGGUGGGGUAAGUGGUACGAAUACAAUAAAGAACAAAAAUAUGAACAAGGAAAAAAAAGAUGAAAUAAAAAAAGAAAAGUUUAGCCUGAUCGAUACAGUUCUCGAUAAUGAUAAAAAAUUAAAAAGUAGCAUUUGUAGUAUGAUGUACAGUAGAUUAUGUAAAGCCAUUCCGAAGGUUCAUAUAAAUUUGCCUAUUGAAAAUUUAGUAGAAGAGAAAAAAAAAAUAAUGCAAAGUAUGAGAAGGAAGAUCGAAGAAAAGAACGAAGAAAAGAACGAAGAAAAGAACGAAGAAAAGAACAAAGAAAAGAAAGAGGAAAAUAAUAAAGAAUCACAAAGUGGUAAAGAGAUUCAACCUGACGAAACCAGUAAUGUUCUUGAAAAAUCUACACCCAUUUUCUUGAAAGAUGACGAAAAGAAAGUAAAAAUUCAAGAACCCCAAGUUCCAGAGAGAAGUUCAAACGAGGCAUGUGCAACGGGAAUGAACGAUCAGGUGGAAGUUAAUUUGGAAGAGCGACAUAAGGCAAGUGAGAAUAGUAGUAGUGCCAGUGCUGAUCCUACAUCGGAGGCUAAUUUACAUCCCCUGUUAGAACAGAAUGAUCGAGUGGAUAAUGCAACAGUGGGUGCAAGUUCUCACCCGAAUGAAUCCCUUUUGUAUGAACACAGAGCCGAUCGCAAUUUCCUCAACAGUGAUCAAGGGGGUGAUAUUGCUACACAAAGUGGCCAAAGUGGUCAAAAUGGCCAAAAUUCGCAGAGCGAUGAUGAUUACAAAAAUAUAAACUAUGAAGAAAUAUUCGACAACGUGCUAAAAAUCGAAUCAAUCCUGAUAAUAUGCUGCACCCUAGGAAUAACUGAAACACAAUUCUUCCAACUAUUAAAAGUCGAUAGAUCAUUCCUCAUUGAACUCCCGAACAAUUUAAUUGAAGAAAUUAUCAUACAGCAUUUGAAGAACAUUACCCUAGCGGGUGUUAAUGAAAUGGCGAAGGAAAAUACAAAAAGCAACAAAGAAAUAUCCAUUGAAUUAUACAAAAAAUACCUUAAAUUUCAGGAAUUUAAAAAAGAUCAACUGAACAUUCCACUAGAGAACAACACUAGUGAAAAUGUCCACCUCCAUUCUGAACAGAUAAAUCAAAAUAGCAACACAACCAAUUUAGUUGGGACGCAAAGUGGCGAAUUUCAAGGAAAUGACACAGGGAACAAUAUGCAUGGUAUAUUAAAUGGUCAAGUAGUUGGAAUCAUGCAGGAUGUUGUAAAUAAUGUUACCUCCCAAUGUGAGCAAAAUUUGGAUGUACAAAAUGCAGCGGAACAAAAUUCCAUUCCAGUGGAAAACUCGUCGCAUGUGGAAACGGAAACUAAAAAAGAAGGAGAAAAAAACUUGAUGAUUUACAAUAGCAUAAAAAAAUGCUACUUAGAGGCUUUACCAGCAAGUGUUAGAUCAGAAAUCAAGAAAAGAAUAAUAGGAAAUAGAAACCAGAGAAAUGAAACACAAGAUGAAACGAAUAUCGCAUUUAUAGAUUCCUUGUCUCCAGAUCUGAGGAGAGACGUGUUAUCCUCUGCAAGUCUGAGGUUUAUAAGAACCCUAACUGAUGAAAUGAUAGAAGAAGCUAGAAAUUUAAGAUUCGUUAUGUUGAACAAUCGGUCAAACAUUUUAAGUGCCAACAGUAGACCCAGGCAAAGCGUCACAGCAGCUGGUAUUACCACUUCGAAUGCGAAUGUAAGAGGUUCAGAUGGUGGUGACGGAAAUAUCAUAGGAAACGGUAUAAACGGAAGUGGCAAUCAUGUGGUUGGAAUAAAUGCAAGUGGAAUAAGCCCAAAUGGAAUAAGCCCCAAUGGAAUAAGCCCCAAUGGAGGAAACCAAAAUGGAGAAAGUCAAAAUGGAGAAAGCCAAAAUGGAGGAAGCCAAAGCAGAAUCAACCCACAGAACAACAAUGAAUACACCAAUCACAAUAACAGAAGCGACAUCAGCAGCACAUCACCAGGAGUAAAUGAAUCCACAGAUAACACCAAUGUAGGGUCCAACAGACUAAGCAGCAUUCGAAACAACAUUCGGGAGAGAAUAACAAAUAGCCUUUUGAGAAAUAAUGCUACAUCAAACCUAAACAACUUGAGCAGCAGUGAAAAUAGCAACAGCAGUAGUUACAACAAUUUUUUGAUAAAUGGUAACAGCAGUAAUAGAAAUUCAAGAAAUAAUAGAGCAUCAUUAUUUAAUGCCCUAAGUAGAGCCAAUGCAAACAACAGAAGACGUUUAAAUGCAACUUUAAGAACCCCUCUAACAUCAAAUUCUCAGAGAAAUAAUUUUAUCAGAAUAACUUAUAACGAAAAUAACAAUCCAAUAAUUAUGAUAAAUACAGGACAUGAAAACUAUGAUAGUCUCACUGUUUCUCGUUUUUUGGAUCAUUUUCUUGGUGGAAGGGCAUUCAAUGGAGCCAUUUCCAAUAUUCCACUCGCUGACAAUGCAAACUUGAGUGCCAGUUUUUCAAUUCUUCCAAAUGCUACCAGUAUCCGAAAUAAUAAUUUAGAUAUCAGUAGCAGGAGUAAUCUUGGGAACAGUGGUGCCAAUAAUAAUGGAAACAAUAAUGGUGAGAAUAACGCAGGAAAUAUUGCAGGGAAUAUUGCAGGAAAUAUCGCAGGAAAUGUCGCAGGAAAUAUCGCAGGAAAUAUCGCAGGAAAUAUUGCAGGAAAUAUUGCAGGAAAUAUUGCAGGAAAUAAUAAUGAUAGUAUGAACAUGCUGAAUGCAAACGGUUUGAACGGACAGAAUAACAACAUUGGUGGUGGUAGUAAUAGCAACAAUAAUAUGAACGAAGCACGACUUUUCGUUAGCAAUGAAAACAGAAUGAAUAAUAUGGAUUCCAAUUUCCACCUAGCGAAUGAUGACAAAUUAGUAGAAAAAGAGGAUGAUAUAUCUUUAAGUAAAUACUUAAAAAAUUUAUUUCCAUCGAAAAAUAAAACAGAUGCAGAUAACUCGAAAAAUAAUGCACUUUAUGUUUGUUUAGAAGAACCUGUACCAUCUCAGGCACUAAUUGAUAUUUGUAGAUUAUUAUUUUUGAAAAAAGAAAUCAAUAAAAAAAUUAUGUUUACUCUGUUCUGCAAUUUAACUUGUUCUUAUCAGAAAACGAAAAUUCAUGCACUUCAAUUAUUUAUGAAUAUUUUAUGGUCAGCUUCUGGUGAUUUACACGGAAAAAAAAAAAAUCCAACAUUUGUAGCACUACGUCAUGCUAUUAAUUUUCCACCAAAAAUGCUAUAUCAUAAUGUUAAUAAAAAAAAUUAUGGAUUAUUUUCUGAUAACUAUUUUACCACUGCUUACGUCUCAGCAGAGAGGGUGUUAGAACAGGUGCAAUCAUUACUUAUUACAAUUCCACAUAUCACUUCAUUUUUCUCAAUGUUGCUAAUCCAUCCAGCUUAUUUUAUCCCAAAGGAUAUAGAGCACAAGGCACUUGGGAUGAAGAAAAAUUCAUGCACUGAAUUGAGCAGAAAUACAAGCAAUACUUUUACAGAAUUCCCAAAAAAAGAAGAAAUAAAACAAGUCGCGCAGGGAAAAAAUUAUUUGGAGGAGAAGAAGAAGAAAAAAAAGAAAAAGAAGAAGAAGAAGGAGGAGGAGGAACAAGAGGAAGAGGAACUUUAUGAAAAAGAAGAAAAUACACAAACGCAAAGUUUCACAACAAAUGGUGCAUUUGAACAGAGCAGGACAAACAAAAUGAACGAUGAUGAAGCGGCGAUCCUACAGUACGAACUGAAGAGAAAGCGACCAAAAAUGGAUCAGAAAAACAGUCCUCUUCCAGCAAUAGUAGUUAACAACAAAAUGGAGAACAAUAAACAAUUGGAUAUGUUAAGAAAUGAAUAUCCAAUCAAUAUUUUAUUCAAGCUUCUAAACUCAUUCAUAUACUUAACGUCCAAAAAAUUAAUGAGUCACCUACUGUCAGUUAUUUUCAACUUACUGAUUAACUGUGGAAAGAAGUUGCACACGUAUACGAAUUUUACAAGGUGGGUAUAUACAGAAAAUUUAGAAGAAAUUUUGAAUGGAGGAGAAAAUACAAAUAAUGAAGAAGUGUCGAAAAAGAAUGACGACGCAAAGAACAACGAAUUAUGUAUGUUAAACAGUAACAGUGUAAAUGGUAAUCGAAAUGGAAAAGUUAACACUAGUAGUAAUAGGAGAAAUAUAACAAGUAAUAAAACGAAAAAACAAAAGCAGCGUAGUAGUAACUUGAAAGAAUUCUAUCAUUCCUCAUCAAAAAUUAAUAAAGAAUUAUUAUUAAGUAUAAAAAAUAUAAAAAAAAAUGAAUCAGAUAAUAAUAAAAAAGAUUGCACAAAAAAACCGUUCUAUCUUUUAGAAGUUAUAUCGACAGAUGCCUUGAGCAACUUGAGUAAACUUAUCUGUAAUUAUAAAACCAAUUUUCUUUGGAUUAAUAGCAACAAUAAUAACAAUACCAAUACAACAACUGCCAGUAAUAACCUUGAACAAGUGCACAAACAGGAUAUUUCAGCAUUAACACAAAUUAUCGUAAUAUUUUUUUCGCAUUAUAAAUUAAAAAGACUAAUUAUUCAAACAUUGAAAUAUCAUGCCCACGUAUUGAUAAAGAGAAUAAUUUAUGACUUAAAAAAAAUCGUUCAUUCAAUACAUAAUAGAACUUUUAACAUUUAUGCAGUUGAUCAUUCGGAUAGUUUAGAACAAAAGUUAGUAGCAUUUUACAGAGUCAUUAAUAUACUUUUUAAUGUCCCAUCCUUGAUCGAUAAUUUGAUUAAUAAAAUUGACAUUGCAGAAAAUUCUAGUGCAGAAGAGUUAAGCACCCUCUCAAAGAAUGCAAUGGAUUCCACCUCGGGAGCAGCAUUACCUGCUGUUCAGAAUGUUAAUAUGGCAAAUGCAGAGACAGGAGUGAAUGGGGUUUCUUCUGAAGGAUUUAGUAAUACCGUUCUUGACAACUCGUGCAAUGUGACAGACGAUGUGACAUCCAAUAUGGCUCGUAAUAAAGAUGAUGUUGAUAAUAACGAGGGGAAUACAUCGCACAGCAGUCGUAUUAACCACCUAAACCGCACCGUAGAAAAAAAUAAGGAAAUCGAAGAAACCAAAUUCGAUAUUUGUGCUGACUUCUUUCUUUCCAUCAACAUUGAUGAGCUCUGGGAAGAGUUUAACAAAGCCAUGCAAGUAAUUAAUAAUUCUCUGAUAGAUAAGAACUACAAAUUCACGUACAACAACAGCACGAAUAUGCAGAACACUUUUGACCAGGAAAAAAAGGUUCAUCAUCAUAGUGAUAGGUCAUAUCCACACCAAUCGAGUUUAGAGGUAGUAAAUACAAAUAUAUCAUCUUCUGCCAUGAAUGGCAACACCAGUAGUGAAGGAAAAUUAGUUUGUGGAAAUGAAACAAACAGAUCCAUAUUCGAUACAGAUUCGUCAUCUGAUGGAACAUCAGAACAAGGUCAACAUAACCAUGUACUAAGCAGAAAUGCGCUGUACGAUAAUCAUCUUCCAUUCAGUAGUGUUGAAAAUGCUAGUCAUAAUGCAGAGGAAGGAGAUCCAAAUAGAAGUAGGAGAAACCCCGAUGAAAGGGGAAACAACCAUGUGGAUGAUAAAAAAAAAGAAAAUGAUGACGAACCUCCUCCCAUCAUUUUAAAUUAUCUUCUACCCUUGAUGGAGGCAUAUCUAUUUAUAGAAGAAGUUAUACUUGUUUCUCAAUAUAAAUUAAAAAAAUUUAAGGACUUGGAAAAAAAAGUUUCUAAUUUAAACAUUGAAAGUAUAAAAAUUAAUGAAAAAUUAGCAUACGACGAUAGCCCAUUUUAUAUUAGUAUUUACAACAAAAGGAAAAAGGAAAAAAAAAAAACAGAAUCCAACGAUGCAGCGAUGAAUGAAUUUAAUUCGGGUAAAAAUCUCAUAUCAGGAAAAGGUGCAGGAGGAAGAACAAGAAGAAGCAGCAUCAGUAGUAACAUUUCCAGCAGCACAAAAAGGAAAAAGGAACCAUGUUCAUCAUCAGACGAGGAGUUGGAAAAGGAAGAAAAAUAUAAGCAUCAUAAAAUGAAAGAUCUUUGUUACUCGUCUCAUUUAUCCAAAAUAGAAAAGGAAGAGGAGGAGAAGAAGAAAAAUAAUAUAUACUCACAUGAAUCUAACCAAAUAACGGAUGCAGAAAACGCAGUAAAGUGGAAUUAUGAUCGUGAAACGAAUGUGGAGCAGAGCCGAGUUAUAAAUAAAAGGGAAGAAAUGAUGGGAUAUAAUAACAAUGACAAAGAAGAAGGAAAGGAAGGAGGAACAGAAAAAGAGUACAAAGAAAAAGAGACAUCCAGUGAAAUGCACACUAUAGAAAUGAGAACUUGUAAUUACAGCAUUAUUGAUACGGGUAAGGGCAUGAAAGAAAAGACCAAAAGUGAUGAUGAAGUUCUUCAUCGGGAUGAUACUCUUCAAGGUGCUAGUUUCAAACCUAGCACGAAGGAAGCAGAGCAACGAAAAAGAAGAAUUCCCCAGUAUAAGAAUGAAUAUGGAGAGGUAGAAGAAGGGGAAGAAAAAGAAAAAGUAGAAAAAGAAGAAGAGGAAGAAAAAGAAGAUGAAGAAAAAGAAGAAGAAGAAGAAGAAGAAGAGGAAAUGAUGUCAUAUACAUAUGUAGAUAACGAUGAGGACAAGGACCUUGACGAUGAAUACAUACAAAUAAAGCUGGAAGAUAGCGAAGGAAACAUCAACAGUCGACACAAGAAACUGAUAAAAUUUGUAUACAUAAACAGGAGAGUGAUAAACAGCCUUAUAAAACAAACCCCAAUACUGCUACACCACAAUUUUAAAUCACUAAUAAAAUUGACAUCGUCAUGUAUUAACUUUGAAAAUAAAAGGCAUUACUUGAGGAAAAAAUUGAAACAUCUAAAAUCAGGUGUUAGAAGCGAACCAAUACGAUUAAACAUAAGGAGAGAAAAGGUAUUCACAGAUUCUUAUUAUCAACUUCGAAAUAAAUCUGGAAAUGAUUUGAAAGGAAAAUUAGUAGUUACUUUUAAAAAUGAAGAAGGUGUAGAUGCAGGGGGAUUAACAAGAGAAUGGUAUUCUAUUUUAGCCAAAGAAAUUUUUAACCCUAAUUACGCACUCUUCUGUCGAGAAGGAAAAAAGAGUGAAUUCAAUCAUCCAAAUCCUUUAUCAUAUAUUAAUCCGGAUCAUUUACAUUUUUUUAAAUUUGUUGGUAAAUUUAUUGCAAAAGCUAUAUACGAUGGUCAAGUUAUAGAUGCAUAUUUUUGUAGAUCUUUUUACAAGCACAUGCUUGGAAGAAAAAUCUUGCCUGCAGACGCUGAAUCUGUUGAUCCUGAAUUUUAUAAUAGCUUGAUUAAAAUAUCAGAAUACAAAUUAGAAGAUUUAAAUUUAGAAAUAAACUUCAGCACAGAAAUUGACGAAUUCGGGAAAACAAAAAUUAUUGACUUGAUACCAAAUGGUAGAAACAUACCAGUGACAGAUGAAAAUAAACAGAAAUAUAUAGAAUUACUAUGCGAAUUGAAAGUUACAAAUAGUAUAAAGGACCAGUUAGAAGCAUUUAUGGAUGGAUUCAAAGAAUUAAUUCAACCAAAACUUAUAUCUAUUUUUGAUGACAAGGAACUGGAAUUGCUAAUUAGUGGUAUACCAACAAUAGAUUUAAAUGAUUUGAAAGAAAAUGUAGAAUACCAUAAUUAUUCCCCAAAUUCAAUUCAAAUUAUUUGGUUAUGGGAUGUUCUUCAAGAAUUUGACGAAAAUAAAAAAGCUUCUUUCUUACAAUUCGUUACGGGAACCAGUAGAGUACCCCUAGGUGGGUUUAAAAACCUUAUGGGAAUGAGAGGUGCACAGAAGAUGAUUAUUUACAGAGCUUACGGUGAGGACCGACUUCCGACAGCCCAUACUUGUUUCAACCAACUCGAUUUACCUGAAUAUUCUACCAAAGAAUUGUUAAGAAACAAAUUAAUUAGAGCCAUUAUGGAAGGCAAAGAGGGGUUCGGGUUCAUAUAA